AUGUAUAGCUUAAAAUCAAUUACACCAUCACUAAUACGAUCCACCUCAAUAAAACCAAUAAGAUACUUCGUCACAUCUAGAAUACCAAGAAAUCAAGAAAUAGAAACAGUUGAUCUAGCAUUUGAAGAAUUUAUCGGCUCUAACCCUGAAAAAUCACCAUUAGUAAUAUUACAUGGAUUAUUUGGAUCAAAAGCUAAUAAUAGAACAGUAGCAAAACAGCUAUCGGAAACACUUGCAAGAAAUGUAUAUACUUUAGAUUUAAGAAAUUUUGGAUCAAGUCCUCAUAUAGAAAGAUUAGAUUACCCAAGUUUAUCAGCUGAUGUUGAAAAAUGGAUCACGAAUCAAAACUUUGAGUCAAAACCUAUCUUGAUUGGUCAUUCAAUGGGUGCUAAAACUGUAAUGGCAUUGGCUUUAAGAAAACCAAAUAUACCUCAAAUGAUAGUUAGUGUAGAUAACGCACCUAUAACUUUCGGUCAUACUGAUUCAAAAUUCAAUAAAUAUAUAAAUCAAUUAAGAUUAGGUAUUGAGAAAUAUCAUUACACGAAUAUUAAAGAUGUUGAUUCUAAAUUAGAAGAAGUUGAACCAAAUAAAGUAAUAAGACAAUUUGUAUUAAUGAAUUUAAACAGAGGUAAAAAAGACGAUCCAAUCACUUCUAAAAUCCCCUUAGAAAUAAUAGGGAACGCAAUAAGUAAAGGAAUGAUUGCAAGUUGGCCAUAUAGUUCUCAUGAAAAUAGAUGGACUGGGCCUGCUCUAUUUAUAAGAGGUACUGAGUCGAAUUAUAUACCUGAUGAAGUUAUACCAGAGAUAUCUAAUUUUUUCCCAAAUUUCGAAAUUAAGGAUAUUGAUUCUGGUCAUUGGGUUAUAAGUGAAAAACCAAAAGAGUUCAUGGAAGUAUUAACAGACUAUAUAGAACGUCAUGAAGAUGAAUAG